CAUCCUUUGCAGCCCUGUCUUGUUCUCCCAUCUCCUCGUCCCUCUGUCUCUUUGACAGCAUCCUCUUCUUCUUUUUCACCCUAUAUAACUCAGCCUUAUUCACGGACGCCAUGAGGCCUCUCACAGAACUGGAAACCAAGACGUUCUUCGAAAAGCUGGCAAAAUAUAUUGGACGCAAUAUCACCCAUCUGAUUGACCGUGGUGACGAAACAUACUGCUUCCGUCUUCACCGCGAUCGCGUCUACUAUGUCAGCGAGUCGGUGAUGCGCAAAGCAACCAGCGUAGGGCGUGACCAAUUGAUCUCCCUCGGCAUCUGCUUUGGAAAAUUCACAAAGACUGGAAAGUUUCGCAUGCAUGUCACCUGCCUGGACUACAUUGCUCAAUAUGCUAAGCACAAGGUCUGGAUCAAGCCCAACGGCGAGAUGCCAUUCUUAUAUGGAAACCAUGUUGUCAAAGCACACAUCGGUCGUGUCACGGAGGACACGCCAGAGCAUCAGGGAGUGAUUGUCUACUCGAUGACGGAUGUGCCAUUGGGAUUCGGAGUGACAGCACGAUCGACAUCGGAUACACGCAAGAUGGAGCCCACGGCCAUCGUUGUAUUCCACCAGGCUGAUAUCGGAGAGUACCUUCGCCAGGAAGACACCUUGUUCUAAACCCUUGCGACAUAUUCCCAAUUGUCUUCGGUUCCCGCUUUCUCUUACACUUCUUUCAUUCGUCCACAGCUUUCAUUUUUCCAUUUUUGCAUCACUCCAAAAAAUAAAAAAAUAAUCUGCACGUUGCACAUGCAAUGUGGUGUUCAAGCA